GUUGCGAGUUCUAUCAGCUCUCGUAUUUCGUGUUCAUUUUGCCACCAUUUUGUGCAUUCAGAAAUCGUGUCACUCCAUAUGGGUUGAAAAGUUGUGUAUGCAUGUCACCCAUGGCAGUUGAUGAACAGCAUAGUCGUAUGAUUUGGUAAUAAUCAUCAAACAAUACCUGGUGUGCCCCAAACUACUGUAGUAUGACAUCAUCACCUGAAGUUAAUCCAGUGCAGCAACCUUCAGCUAAUCGUAGCCAAGGUUUGAUGACUACACCCUCCAGAUUGUCCUCCACUCAUUCAACUUCAUCAUCAUCAUCAUCAUCAUCCACAGCUGGGAUGGGAUCAUUGAAGCACAAUUGUUCUCAAAGUAGUAGCAAUACAUCCAGUUUACCUGUGUCAGAAGGCCAAUCACUGCUGUGUUCAGAGUCUAUGUUAUCAUCCACACCACCAUCUGAUGAAUCUCUGAGGCAAACAGACAAGGCUGGAACACCAUGGAAACACAGUGAUGAAGUGUCUCAAUAUCGGCAGUCACCUGUUAUUUCCCAGCCAGUGACCUCGCCCAGUAAUCCAGACAGGAUAAGGGAUUAUUCUCAACAAAGUGAAAAUCAAAGUAACUCACGAAAUACUCCUGUCAUUGACGACAGGCGAGAGGAAUAUGAAGCUGCAUGUGGCAAUAAUGCCACUAGUCAAAAAAUGACGGACAACUAUAAAACAUUGCCAAUAAAUACUACAAGUGAAAACUUAAACUGGUUAGCUGAUGUUGCUGUCAGCCAAUCAGAAAGAACUCUUGUUGGCAUGCCUACUGGAACUACGAGUAUACCUUCAGGGAGUAUUUUCCGCCCACCAUUACCAGAAUAUAACGCUGCUCAGAGACUUUAUACUCCUGGUCAGUUUUCUACUGUUUAUUCUACGUCGUCACUUGGACAAGUUCCUUUUCCUCCAUUGCAAUAUUCAUCUCGCAUACCUCCUGUUACUUUGCAUUCUACAACUUUGCCAUCAUUUGCACCAUAUAUUGGACCACCUCCAUUUGGUACAACGCCAUACCCACCUCCUGGUUUCACACAUGCUCAGUUGACUAGUGGACACUAUCCCCAGAUUGAGUCAUACUCUGCUAUGUUAGCCAGUAUGGGAAGUCAUGUACAGGCGCAAGGGCAUCAUCGACCAUGUACUUUUAUACCAGCCCAUUUAGCAUCUUCCUUGCACAGUCAGUAUAUACAGUCUAUGGGAUCAGCACAUUCAGCGGAAAGCACAGAGAAAAAUUCUGCAAUCAGUGCUUCAGUGUACCAAACAGUUCACUCUUUGGCACCUGGACGUAUUGUGAUGAAUCCUGUGAACAUUGCUCCUCAUGUUCAUAGCCCUCCACCUGGACCUAUGAUGAAAAGUGAAAACAAAGAUAGAAUUGACAGCCAAGAUAUUGUUGAAUGUGCUCAACAACUAUCAGUUCAAGACAAACCAGAUGGAAGUGUUUAUGCUGUUAUGAACAGAUCUCCAAGACACUCCCCAGUCAAUAUUGCAAUGGUCAGGGCUGGUCUCGCUACUUCAAGAGUAAGUGACAUUGAGACUGCUUCUCCUGCCAAACUAAGCUCUCCUGUCCCUAUGGAAGAGAGAAGCCUAAGACACAACAGACCACCUAAUAUUAAUAUUAAUCCAAUGAGUAUCCAAUCCAAUAAGUAUGAGUUAAUUAACCAGGAUCAUCAUAGAUUGGCUGACAGUCAGUCACCAUUGUCACAUACUGUGCAUGGUAAUGCAAAAGGGGCUUCAUCUACACCAGGAUGGUCUUGUGCUAUGCCACCUCCUCAGACACCCCCUCAUACUCCUCGUACACCUAGCUCUGCAAACAAGUCAACAAAAGCAGUGAAUGCCGAUUCUCAGUAUCAGUUAUCACCUCCUGCCUACUCAAGUCAACCACCCCAUCCACAUUUCCCACCUCAUUUCAUGAAAGGAUCCAUCAUCCAACUAGCAAACAGCGAACUCAAAAAGGUUGAAGAUUUGAGAACUGAGGACUUUGUUCAAAGUGCUGCUUUGAGCGAGGACUUGAAAAUAGACUCUAGUACUGUUGUUAGAAUUGAUGAAGAACAUGAAGCAGGUCUGGCUCUUCUUGGAUUCUCUGUGGGCGAACUCAGAAUACAAGUUACUGUGGAAUCAACUGUUGAACAUCCAUUCUUUGUAUUUGGUCAAGGCUGGUCUUCCGUUAGACCCGAUCGUACCUUGCAGCGGUAUGGCCUAUCAUGCCAUCAGCUGUCUGUAGGUGAUGUUUGUAUUUCAUUGACAUUAAAAGAGAAAAAUGGAAGACUACAACAAAAAGAAGUGAAACAUGGUAAUAUUGCGAGUGACACUGCUGACAGUUUAGAGCAACCAGAAUUCAAGAGACCGAAACUUGAACCGCCAGCACUACCUCAUGAAAACAUUGGUUUGCAAACAGACAUGCAUACAAGAUCACUAGAGACAAAUAUAGGUCAUUAUACAACCUAUUAUACUAUAACAGAUAAACAACAACAACAACAACACAACAACAACAAAGAACAGUCUGUGGAAAGGAGUACAACACCUGUUGACCAGAAUAGAAAUGUUUAUGAACAGUCGGCAAAAGAAGACAAGAAGUUAGUACGUCUGAAAAAACGAAGAUGGUCAGAUCCGGGUCAACUUGUAGAAAAAGAAGACAAAGAAUCUGAUGAUCAUCUUCCUGUACCUUUACCGUUAGAAACUCUAGCUAAGUUUUCACGUCAACCUAUACCAUAUGGAAUCUCAGGGACGGCAUUUAAUUCUUAUGGAAGUCGUGAAACACACACGCAAGAUCGUACUGAAUUUGCAUUGCCUAAUUAUGAUAGGGAUGACACACAUCUCGCAAACAACAAGAAGAGGGACAUCAAGUUUAAAUCUAGUGAUGGUAUGAAAGAUUUGAAAGAGAAAUCGUUCAUUGAGAUAACGCGUAACUUUGGGAAGAGUACUACAACCCACGGAAUACCAAGAAUAUUCCAGUCAUCGAGCUAUCUCGGUAGUUGCAUUGACGUUGUUACAGAGAAGAGUUUACUGUUUCCAAGUGUAACAGUUUGCAAUACUAACAAAUUGCGGCGAUCAGCAAUCAUGGAAUCUACCUACAAAGACAUCUUGAUUGUGGAUGAUGACAUAGUCAACCCGUAUUAUGUUCCCUGUUUGCAGAGUGAUUUUGAAUGUGACAACAGUGUUUUAUGCGUAAAACUGUAUCUGGUGUGUGAUGGUGUGAACAAUUGCCAGGACAUGAGCGAUGAAGCUAAUUGUACCUAUGGUGACUGUGGCGAUAAUCAGUUUAAAUGCACUGCUGGUGGUGAUAAGGGCAUUUGUAUCGAUGAAGACUUUGUAUGUGACAGGAAUAAAGAUUGCUAUGAUGGAUCAGACGAGGAUGACUGCGAAUGUAAAUCCAGGGAAUUCAAAUGUAAAAGUAAAGGUGGAUGUAUCGGGAAAGAUAAAUUCUGUGAUGGUAAUUUAGACUGCACGGAUGGCACUGACGAAGACGAGUGCGUUAUAUAA